AUUUGCUAUUUGAAGGAGCAUCUAAAAGUUUUGACAUCGAGUGCACUGUCAUGCGCCAAAUCAGGCACCGAAACCUUGUUAAAGUCAUUACAUCUUGCUCUAGUACAGAUUUCAAGGCUUUGGUUCUCCAAUACAUGCCCCUUGGCAGCCUAGAAGUCUAUCUACAUUCGGGUGACCAUCACUUGAAUCUCUUUCAGAGAUUGGAUAUCAUGAUUGAUGUGGCUUCUGCUUUAGAAUAUCUUCACCAUGGUUACUCGGAGACUAUAGUUCAUUGUGAUCUGAAGCCAAGUAAUGUGCUUCUAGAUGAGAACAUGACGGCAUACGUGAGCGAUUUUGGCAUCGCAAAGAUUCUAGUUGGUCUGAAUUCUUCUACUCUUACAGCUACUCUCGGAACCACCGGAUACAUUGCACCAGAAUUUGGGAUGGCCGGAAAGGUGUCAGCCAAAGCCGAUGUCUACAGCUACGGAAUUCUCCUCCUUGAGAUGUUUACAGGAAGAAAGCCUACUGAUGAACAGUUCGAUGGGGAUUUUAGUUUGAGGCAAUGGGUGGCUGAAGCAUUUCCUGUUGCAAUUUCAGAUGUCAUUGACAGCCAUCUUUUGAAUGAAAGCAAUACUACUCCAACUGAAAGAUCAGCUACCUUGAAUGAGCUGCUAGUGAUGAUCAUACAGAUAGGCUUGUCAUGCUCAAGAGUGUCUCCAAAUGAGAGAGUGGACAUGAAGGAAGUGGUUGUAGGGCUGAGAAGGAUACGACAGAAGACAAGAAUGAUAGAAGGAUAAUUCAAAUAUAUCCAUAGAUACAAUGAGAUUUAAUUCCAGGGCGUGACCAGCCAUCUGCUAAACUAGUUGA